AUGGCUUCCAGAUUAGAGGAGGAUCUCUGCUGUCAGGUCUGUCAGGAGGUCUUCAGAGAUCCUGUUAUUCUGUCAUGUAGCCACAGCUUCUGUAAAGUCUGUCUGAAGAACUGGUGGAGAGAGAAUCCAUUACACCAGUGUCCAGUUUGUAAGAGAAGAUCUUCAAGAGAUGAUCCACCUUUAAACUUGGUGCUGAGGAACCUGUGUGAGUCCUUCUUACAGGAGAGAGAUCAGAGAUCUCCAGAGGCUCUCUGCAGUCUGCACUCUGAGAAACUCAGACUCUUCUGUCUGGACCAUCAGCAGCCAGUGUGUGUCGUCUGCAGAGAUUCAAGAAAACACUCCAACCACAGAUUCAGUCCCAUCGAUGAAGCUGCAACAGAUCUAAAGAAGAACCUUCAGGAAACUCUGGAGCCCUUAAAGGAGAAGUUAAAGGUUUAUGAAGAAGUUAAAGUGAAGUUUGAUGCAACAGAAAAACACAUCAAGGUCCAGGCCCGACACACAGAGAGGCAGAUUAAGGAGCAGUUCAAGAAGCUUCACCAGUUUCUAGCAGAGGAAGAGGAGGCCAGGAUGGCUGCACUGAGGGAGGAAGAGGAGCAGAAGAGUCAGAUGAUGAAGGAGAAGAUGGAGGCUCUGAGCAGAGAGAUAGCAGCUCUUUCAGACACAGUCAGAGCCACAGAGGAGGAGCUGAGAGCUGAAGACGUCUCAUUCCUCAACAACUACAAGGCUGCAGUGGAAAGAGUCCAGCGCUGCCCCCUGCUGGAUGAUCCACAGCUGCCCUCAGGAGCUCUGAUAGACCAGGCCAAACAUCUGGGCAACCUGGCCUUCAACAUCUGGAACAACAUGAAGGACCUGGUCUCCUACACUCCUGUCAUUCUGGAUCCAAACACUGCUCAUCCAGAACUGAUCCUGUCUGAAGAUCUUACCAGUGUGAGAUUAGGAGAUGAACAACAACUUCCUGAUAAUCCAGAGAGGAUUGAUUGUUUCUGGUCUGUCCUGGGCUCUGAGGGCUUUAACUCAGGGACUCACAGCUGGAAUGUUGAUGUUGGAGAUAACAUAUGGUGGUUACUAGGUGUGUUAGCAGAGUCUGGUCAGAGGAAGGGAGACAUACGAUCUGGAUUGUGGGUAUUAAGGUUCUAUGGAGGUAAAUACUCAACAUGGUCACCACCAGCUCCUUUCACUGUUCUCCCAGUAAAGAAGUUCCAGAGGAUCAGAGUGAAUCUGGACUGGAACAGAGGAAAUCUGUCCUUCUCUGAUCUUGAUACUAACACACACAUACACACCAUCACACACACUUUCACUGAGAGGAUGUUUCCAUUCAUUGGAACUGAAGAUGAACUCAAACCAGUGAAGAUUUUACCAGUGAAUCAGAUCAGUUAGAGAUAAACAGGAUGAUUCUGUUCAUGACGUCGUUUCUUUCUUUAAAGUCAGUGAAUUUAAAAAGUAUCUGCUCCUGUAGAUUUAAGGUGGACUUGUUAGUUUUAAGGUGGACUUGUUAAUUUUAAGGUGGACUCGUCAGGUUUAAGGUGGACUUGUUAGGUUUAAGGUGGACCAAUUUUAAGGUGGACUUGUUAGUUUUAAGGUGGACUGUUAGUUUUAAGGUGGACUCGUCAGUUUUAAGGUGGACUAGUUUUAAGGUGAACUUGUUAGUUUCAAGGUAGACUUGUUAGUUUUAAGGUGGACUCGUAAUAUUUAAGGUGGACUUGUUAGUUUAAGGUGGACUUGUUAGUUUUAAGGUGAAUCAGUUUUAAGGUGGACUUGUUAGUUUUAAGGUGGAUCAGUUUUAAGGUGGACUUGUCAGUUUUAAGGUGGACCAGUUUUAAGGAGGACUUGUUAGUUUUAAGGUGGACCAGUUUUAAGGUGGACCAUUUUUAAGGUGGAGUUGUUAGUUUUAAGGUGGACCAGUUUUAAGGUGGACUUGUUAGUUUUAAGGUGGACCAGUUUUAAGGUGGACUUGUUAGUUUUAAUGUGGAUUCGUCAGCUUUAAGGUGGACUUGUUAGUUUUAAGGUGGACCAGUUUUAAGGUGGACUUGUUAGUUUUAAGGUGGACUUGUUUUAAGGUGGACUUGUUAGUUUUAAGGUGGACUAGUUGUGUGCUCAGUCUUGAUGUAAAGUUGUUGAUUUCAGAGCUCAAUGUUUGUCUCUUAGAAAUGAAAAGCUGAUCCAGUUGAUCCAGAUGUGACUGAUCUGAUGAUGUGAGCUGUAUUUCAUGUAACCUGUGACCUGCUGUCAUUCAUCUACUUUCUAAUAACACUGUGUGGACGACAAUAAAAAGGGGAAAAUGUUCA